UUGGAAUGAUUUAAUUCCAAGCCGUUCAAAUGUGUGACAAACCAGAAUCUAGAAGAAACAACAGUUUCUUCCAACAAUAAUGGCAACAAAUACAUCAGUUUGUUCUAUAUGUGAUCUGCGGCAUCUUACAUCAUCGUCCAAAUAUUGGUGUCCGGAAUGUGAGGAGGCACUGUGUUCUGAAUGUUUAGAACAUCACAGUUUAUCAAGGGCAACACGAGGUCAUACAACCAUCCCUAUAGCACAAUAUCACUCCUUACCGACCUUUGUAACCGAUAUACAACAGUUCUGCAUAUAUCACAAUGAAAAAUACCAACAAUAUUGUAUGAAACACGAGUCUCCAAUCUGUUACAAGUGCAUAAAGGAGCAUGGAAAAUGUUCUGAGGUUAUUCCACUAGAAGACAUUAUCAGCGAAGUCAAAAGUUCCGAGCUUUUUCGAGAUCUUGAACAAAGAUUGAAAGAUGGGCUUGGUAACAUCAAACGAAUUCGGAAAGAUAGAGAGGAUAAUUUUAAAACUUUUCAAACUCAGAAGAAGAAAAUUACUAAUGAAAUCGAUUACAUAAGAAUGCAGAUUAUCCAGUAUCUUGACAAAUUGAAAAAAGAUUUCAUAAAAGAACUUGAACAAACACAGCAUACGUUUCACGUUCACAAUGAAUCAAUCAUUUCUUCAUUAAAAGAUCAAGAAAAGGAUAUGGAUAAAUACAGCACAGAAAUUGGGAUCAUGAAAAAACACGCUUCCGAUUUACAAACAUUUCUUGGCAUGACGACUAUUAAAUCAAAGAUCAUCGAAAACGAAAAGUGUCUUCAGUCAAUGAUUGGAAAUAAAAGUCUUGAACAAGUGAGCAUACAUAUGUCAAUAGAUGAAAAGAUACUGGACAUUCUCACAGCGGUCAAAAAAUUUGGUUCGAUCAUUGUUCAGGAAUCUCCAUCACCUUCAACAAUUAUUCUUAGCAAGAAGACAAAGCAAGCUCAGAUAGCAUUAUCUAAAAUAAUGCCAUCAAUAAACACCAUUUCAGUUUACUUCAAACAGAAGUUAGACACAACAUCUAGUUCGCUUAUGGGAUGCUUGAUCACCAGAACAGGUGGAUACCUUUUCACAGAUUACAGUGACCCCAAUGAUAGGCUAAUCGCAUUGGAUAUUGAAGGGAAAACUGAUUACAUCAUUCAACUACCCGUUCAAUAUUGCACUUUUGAUGUAGAACUUUUGGAUGAUGACACAGUAGCUGUAACAACAGGCAAGAAAAUGAAAAAUAGACAACGCACAGGUAUCAUUAUUGUUGACCUGCAAACAAGAAAGGUCAUAGAGUUCAUUCCCUUACCAAUAUGUCCCUAUGGCAUAACAUAUGACGGAAAAUCGUUGAUCUGCUGUGUACAACACCAAGAUUUGCGUUUAAUAUCAUGUACAAACUACAGAAUCACUACAAUACCAAACACUGCACUACCUACGAAUUCAUAUGUCUCAACCCAUGCUGACAAGAUUUACUUUACAAAUCCAGAAAAACACAAAGUAUCUUGCUGCUUGUACAAUGGAACACUGGUGUGGGAGUUUAAGGAGGAAACUAUUUUAAAGGAACCACGAGGUAUAACUACAGACGAUAACGGAAAUAUUUUUGUCGUUUGUCGUGAAUCGUGUAAUGUCCUCAUCCUAUCUCCUGAUGGUAAACAAUACAAACAAAUUCUGAACAAAGACAAUGGUCUUAAUGCACCAUCAACAGUUUUCUUUCACAAGAUUCGGAAACAGCUUUUAGUGACAAAUAGUUCGAAAAUUGCUCAUCUUUAUGACAUUUCUUAAUUUAAAGAGAAUCCUUUACUUAUCUUUUACAAUAGAUCGAUUAAUAGUUGAUUGAUUAUUUUUACUAAACAACUACCCAUGCUGUAACUUCCGAUACAUUGAAGUAAUGGUAUGCUUUGACGUCAUGAGUUCUAGUUGCAGUACAAAGUAGCUACUUCUCUUAAUCAUUUUAAAGAUUUGUAGAACAGACAUUUGAAACGUGAACACAUGCAACCAUAAAAAAUAUUCAUUUUACACUAUCAACAUUCAAUAUUUCAGAUUAUAACAUUUUCAAGUAGCAUAAACAAUUAUUUAGUCGACACUGAUAAACGAGUAAGGAAGUAAAUUCGUCAUUUAUCUACUAGAUAAACAGGUCGUAUGUAUGCUAAUUACCAAACGUGACCAGGUCCCGAAUAUGAAUGUUAUACCGAGUGUGAAUUUGCAUUGCUAUACGAUGUGUUUCGGUAUUUUGCACAUCCAACAUUCAUGUAUUUAUUAUUGAUGUUUCUGUGAUGUUUGGUUAGAUAAUGCGUUUUGUCUUAUCGUUAGUAGUCCAAAUGAUUAUAAAGAGGUAAGGCC